AUGGGGAGCCAGGUCCUGGGUGUCAGGGGACCUGAUGGGCGCGUGGUGGGGAGAUUUCGCUGGAAACGGGGCCAGUGCAGCCCCCAGGCUGCACACACCGACUGCCCAUCAGCGCGGGCCCUUCUCUUGCAGUGGAACCUGGUGUGCGAGGACGACUGGAAAGCCCCGCUGACCACCUCCCUCUUCUUCGUGGGGGUCCUCAUCGGCUCCUUCAUCUCGGGGCAGCUCUCGGACAGGUUUGGCAGGAAGAAUAUCCUUUUUUUGACGAUGGCAGUGCAGACUGGCUUCAGCUUCCUGCAGAUCUUCUCUACCAGCUGGGAGAUGUUCACAGUGCUCUUCCUCAUAGUGGGGAUGGGACAGAUCUCUAACUACGUGGUGGCCUUCAUACUGGGAACAGAAAUUCUUGGCAAAUCAGUUCGUAUUAUAUUCUCUACAUUAGGAGUUUGCAUAUUUUUUGCAAUUGGCUACAUGUUGCUGCCACUGUUUGCUUACUUCAUCAGAGACUGGCGGAUGCUGCUGCUGGCACUCACUGUCCCGGGGCUGUUCUGCAUCCCGCUCUGGUGGAUCAUUCCUGAAUCCCCUCGGUGGCUGAUCUCCCAGGGAAGAUAUAAGGAGGCAGAAGUUAUUAUCCGAAAGGCUGCAAAAAUAAAUGGCGUUCCAGCCCCAGCCGUGCUUUUCGACACCGCGGAGAUGCAGGAUUCGAAGCCUCAGCAGCAGCAGAAGGCUAUCCUUCUGGACCUGUUUCGAACCCGAAACAUUGCAACUAUUACUAUUAUGUCAUUACUUUUGUGGUUUUUCACGUCAGUUGGUUACUUUGGCCUGUCCCUCAGCACUCCAAACUGGCAUGGAAAUGCCUACAUCAACUGUUUCCUCUCGGCUGUUAUUGAAGUUCCAGCUUACGUGAUUGCCUGGCUACUCCUCCGCUCCCUCCCUCGGCGCUACUCCUUAUCUGGCACCUUGUUUUUAGGGGGAGGUGUUGUCCUCUUCAUUCAGCUGGUUCCUGCAGAUUUUAAUGUCCUGUCUGUUGGCCUGGUGAUGGUUGGGAAAUUUGGCAUCACAGCUGCAUUUUCAAUGCUUUAUGUCUAUAAUGUGGAGCUAUACCCAACGCUAGUGCGAAACAUGGCAGUCGGAGCUACUUCCACGGCUUCCAGGCUGGGCAGCAUCAUUGCUCCUUACUUUGUUUACCUGGGUGCCUACGACAGAUUCCUACCAUAUAUCCUAAUGGGAAGCCUGACUGUGCUGAUCGGGAUCCUUACCCUGUUUCUCCCGGAGAGUUACGGCAAUCCCCUGCCUGAGAGCUUUGAGCAAAUGCUGAAGGUGAAAUGUUUCAGAAAUCGGCAACAAACCACUGGCAUUAGGAAUUCAAAGGAGAGUCCUAAAAUUCUGGUAACACCCUUGUGAAGAAAGAUGCAUGCUCUCAGAGGGGCUGAAAGAAGACCAAGAUCGUCUCAAAAUGCAUUUUCUGCUAGAGGAAAGCAAACAAAACCCAACAGUAAAUGCUACUGCACCAUAGUUAUUGUCCCCUGUGCUACUGUACCCAAAUACAUAGUUUACUGAACAGAUGCUGUCUACUCCCAUAGGACUCUUAGUCUGUAAUUCAGUGUUCUGAUACCUGGGGGUUGUCAGCAGAUACAGUUGUUGAGAAAUGGGGGCCUGCAUGUGCCGAACAUGAUUGAUUCGAGGAGUAAGCUAGAAAUGAGCCUUAGGAAUAAUACAGCAAUGACUCCACUCAGUCAGGUUCUCAAUCUAAGCUGCUUAAAGAAAAAAAAAAAGAUAGCAAAUGUAAUGCUGGUGUUUUUUCUCACUGUGUGUGUUGACUGGAUGAAGGGGAGCUGGGUGUCUGUCUUUGAAAAUCUCAGCACGUGUCCUUAAAGGAAAGAUCCCAGCCUCCUUUGAAAUCUGUGACCAAAGCCCGAUAGACUAAGUGGGAUCAGAAUUUAGUUGUAGCGAAGCAGACAUAGACUUCACUGCAAAGACAUGUUUUUUAAACAAGACAUCAGAGUAUCUUUUGAUGUCGCUUGCUUUUCCCAGGACCUGGGAUCCACUUCUGAUCCACUUCUCCCUGUAAAAGCUGAUGCUUUUUCAUAAAGCCUGAGCCCGCUGAAAUCCUUGGGCUUCAUGAAUGUUCAGUGUCUCUGGGGACAGGGGGAAGCCUUUAACACCGAGUAAGGACUAUAGCUUGCUGACCUUCUGAUGGGCCAUGCCCGCUUUCAAAAGAAACAGGGGCUUUAGCAAAUCAGUGAUCCUAUCCAAACAUGCCAUGCAGUUUUAGCUUUCGGGUUUUUCAUGGUAUAUUGUCAUAAGCAGUUUUUUAGAUCUUUUGGGGUUCUUUUUCAAA